CUGUCAACGGAAUUUUUCUAAUUAUGACGGUAGUAAACUUCAAGCAACAAAAACAAUUUUAUAAAAGCUCCAAAUUAGAGUCACACAUUCAUUAAUUCAACAGUUGACCUUUUGUUAAAAUUAAAGGCGAUUGCAUGCCAAAUUUGUUUGCUUUGUUUUUUGUUCUGGGACCUUCUUUAUAAUAAAUAAUUCACAAGGCUCACAACCUUAAAAAAAUCAAUAAUGAACUGUUGAAUGUUCUUAUCACAACGAGCGUAUCUGAGUUGGUAAAAAUAAAUUAUAUCAAAUUACUUUAUCUGAAAAAAUUUACUUGUUUGCUGGUAAAAUAAAAAAAGAAACUGAAACACUUGGAUUGCCGUCUUAGUUUGGUUCUUAUUGUUUUCUGUUCAACACAGAAGUGGUUCUCCUUACUUUUUCUAAAGUUUCUUUAAAGCUAUUCAAUAAAUUUAUUGAUAUAAAUGGGAGAUUCUAUAAAAGUCCUCACUGGAGGAAUCAAUAAGACAUUUAACAAUCGAGAACCAUGGCAAAUAAUGGUAAUUACAGCAACCACUGUGUUAAGCACAGUUUGGCUGUGGAACUUAAUAAAUCAGGAUGAGAGUAUCUACAGCCGCGGCAAAAAACAUUUCUUCCGCCUCGUCAAGAAAAUACCUAUGGUCAAAGCACGCAUCGAAAAAGAAAUAGGCAGUACUCGUGAUGAAUUCCGGAAUGAUAUGUUGAAGAGGUGUGAUGGGCUUCUGUAUUCUUACAAACUGCCUGAAAAGGGUCUUUCAAAGGAAGAUAUUUUUAAAUUAGUUGACCAACAUAUAGAAAAGGGCAACUACGGUUGGCAACAUGGACGUGUUUCUGGCACUGUUUAUGGGUAUGAUCCAGAUGUUGUUGAUUUAAUAACAACAGUAUAUGGAAAAGCUUCAUAUACAAAUCCACUUCACCUUGAUAUUUUCCCAGGAAUUUGUAAAAUGGAAGCUGAAGUUGUUAAAAUGAUAAGUACUUUGUUCAACGGCGGUGAAAACACAUCUGGCACAAUGACUACAGGGGGAACUGAAUCAAUACUUUUGGCAUGUAAGGCAUAUAGAGAUUAUGCACGUGAAAUAAAAGGCAUAACAAAACCAAAUAUGGUAGUUCCAAGAAGCGCUCAUGCUGCUUUCGAUAAAGCUGGGCAGUAUUUGGGAAUUCAUGUGCGUUCAAUUAAAUUGGACCCAAAAACAACCGAAGUUGAUCUAGCUGCUUUUAAAAAAGCAAUUAAUAGUAAUACAAUAAUGCUCGUUGGUUCGGCUCCUAAUUUCCCAUAUGGAACAAUGGACGAUAUUGAAGAAAUUGGAAAACUCGGAUUUCAGCACAACAUCCCAGUGCACGUAGAUGCGUGUCUUGGUAGUUUUAUAAUUGGAUUUAUGAAGAGAGCCGGUUAUUUUGUGAGACCUUUUGACUUUAGUGUCAGAGGUGUAACAAGUUUGUCUGUAGACACUCAUAAAUACGGAUUUGCGCCUAAGGGAUCUUCAGUCAUUAUAUAUUCAGACGAAAAAUUCCGUGAUCAUCAAUUUACGGUUACCACGGAUUGGCCGGGUGGUGUUUAUGGAUCACCAACAGUUAACGGAUCGAGAGCUGGUGGUAUUAUUGCCGCCUGCUGGGCUACUAUGAUGCUUUAUGGUGAAGAAGGAUAUUUGGAAGCAACAAAGCGUAUUGUGGAUACGUCGCGCUUUAUUGAAGAUGGUCUGCGAAAAAUUAAAGGAAUACAUGUGAUUGGAAAACCUGCAACUACUGUUAUUGCCAUAGGCUCAGAAGUUUUUGAAAUUUUUCGCCUUUCAGACGCCCUUUCUAAGAUGGGCUGGAGUUUAAAUACUUUACAAUUUCCUUCCGGUAUCCACAUCUGCGUAACUGAUAUGCACACUAAAGAAGGAGUCGCUGCUAAAUUUUUGGCUGAUACAGCGGCUAAAGUUGAGGAAAUGUUAAAAGACCCCAGUCGACCAGUAGAGGGUAAAUUGGCUGUUUAUGGUGUAGCGCAAACAAUUUCCGAUCGAAGCCUCGUUGGCGAAAUAACACGAAAAUUUCUUUCUGCUCCUUAUUACAUUCCGAAAAAUUAGAAAAAAGAAACUACAUAAUUUGAGAAAAAAGCAUUUAUUAGUUUUUAAGAUUUAAUAAAACAAGUCUCCUGCCUUACUUGUAUUUUUAAAAUUGUUGUUUCAAGAGUAA